UUGUUGCUUGGACGUGGCAGCCAUGACGUGAUUUUCUGAAUUUUUUGUUAAACCAGAUUACACUAUUAAUUAUAAAGAGAAUUGUAGUUUAAGGGAAGUACGUGCAUUAUUCGUAACAGCAUCGUUUGCAAGCGGCUCAAUUAAGUGUUAACCGAGAAAUCCAGUGCGUAAUAUAAUUUAGUAGUGAGUGCAAAAAUCUGAAAAUUAUCAGAAAUAUUGUAGUGUAAAGUGAAAUUAAGAACAUUGCAAUAUUCCAAACAACAAGAAACAAAUCAAAACGUAACAGCAGAAAUCAAAGAGGACGACGACAAGGCACAGAAAACCAACAACAACUCGCCCACAAAUAAACAAGCCCCAGCCGCCGCAGCUGCAUUUGAAAGCUUUAAGCAUAUGCCCAUCGCAGUUUCCAACACUGCACUGUGGAGCCUAAGCAGGCAGUGAGCGAGAGGGCGAGAGAGCGAGCGAGCAACAGCUGAUUGGGAUAGUUGUUGUUGCUGCUGUUGGGGAAACCUGCGCAGAGAGAGAGAGCGAGAGCGAACUACUACUUGUGACGGGGGCAUACAGGUGGCAGAACAGCUGUUCCAACAUUAAAAAAAAGCAAUACAACAAAAAUCCAUUAUUCUAGAAUAUCCCAUUACCCCGACUGCAGUUUUUUCAAGCAUAUAAAAAACAACAAUCAAAACAACAACAACAACAACAACAAGUGAAGCAAUUAUCAUUGGAAAGCAACAAAGAAAAGAAAAAAAAAACCAACAACAAACAAAAGCAUCUUCCAGAGGCACCCCUUCCAGACGUCCAAACGUUCCACUUUGUGCGCUUCCUUCCUUCCUUCCUUCCUUCCUUUGUACCCGCCGUUUGGUCUAUCGUUCGGGCUGUUUUCCAUUAUUUUGCAACACUGGCUGGCCAAGCAUCCUGCCUCCUCUCACCUAUCGUCAUUCACCGUGCAACGGCACCAUCCAUCGAAGGAAAGGAACAUAGAAAUCACAAUUUGAACAUCCAUCUGAUUGAUCUGAUCUGAUCUGGUUCGAUUCGAUUUGCGGCUAAUUGCGCGCACGUUAUGACCAAUUCGAUUGCGUCAGCAAAAUGCCUGCCCAAUGCACUCUCGUCUGGCAAUUAUGGUAUGUCGCAAAGCCACCGUUACACCGAUGAUAGCAAGGAGUACAUCAUCGUCAAGCUCACUGACUCCGCCUUCCGUGCAAUCGAGGAAUACCAGCGGGACGACAAUGCCAAACGCCUGCAGCCCGGCCAGCGGGCGAAGAUCCAGUUCAUUGGCAACACCGGCGUCAUACAGUUCCCCUCACGACCCUCGACGACCGAGGGCCAUAGCAGCAGCAACAAUGGCAACAACAACAGCAACCUACCUUCUGGCGGCAGCAGCAACCCUGGCGGCAGCCACAUGGACAAUGGAGGGCGAAAAUUUGGUUUCACUAUCAACAACAUGGAGGGCACCCUCGAGUGCGUCCAGCAGCAGCAACAGAACCUCGGCGUCCUCGGUGCGGUCACGCUCCGGAUGCGGAUACAUGCCAACGACGAUGUCUACGAUACGACACGCACGAAAAUGGCCAUUGCCGAGGAGACGGAGAAGAGCAAGUGCAUACGGGAGAUCAAGCCAAAUCAGUCGGAUAUUGGGCGCAAGGUGAAGAAGGCCCCAUCAUCAUCAUCAUCGUCCUCAUCCUCCCUGACGACGACGACGACGGCGACAGCAUUUCAUCAUCACAGCAACAACAGCAACAACAACAACAACAACAACAACAGUGGGAACAACAGCAACAGCAGCAGCAAUAGUUUUAAUAGCAACAGCAACAACAACAAUAGUCGUAAGUUAGGUUCAUCGCCAUUUAAUGGUCUAGGAGUAGGAGGAGCAGGAGCAGGAUCAGGAUCAGCAGUAGGAUCAUCAUCGUAUGCCACAUCGUACGCCACCGCCGCCACAGCAUCACAACGAUCGCCAAACCCGAGUACGCUGGGUGGCAGCGGCACAGUCAAUGGCGGUGGAGCGUCGAAUCGCUACCACAGCAGCAGCAGCAACAGCAACAACUCGGCCUCCUCGCUGGCCUCUACAUUUGCCAAUGGAAUAUCGCAGGGCUACAACAUGAGCGGCAGCUCACCGAGGGACAGCCAGCCAAUCAAUAACAACAACAGCAGCAACAACAGCAACCAUAUAACAACCACAACCUCCGCCAUAUCCUCCUCCUCGACAAACGGACGCAGCAAAAUGGUUAGCGGAGGCGGCAGCAACUCGAGGAGCGGCAACAACAAGUCAUCCGGUGGCAGCAAGAUGUCGGAUGUGUCGAGGCGCACCAUCCGUGAGCGCCUGAUCCACUUGCUGGCCCUCAAGGCCUUCAAGAAGCCAGAGCUGUUCGCUAGGCUGAACAACGAGGGGAUACGGGACCGGGAGCGCAACUUGAUCACCAGCAUACUCAAAGACAUCAGCACGAUGGGGCAAAACACGUACAAUCUGCGGCGCCAGAUGUGGAACGACGUGGACGAGAACUGGCCGUACUUUAGCGAGCAGGAGGUGCAGCAGCUGAAGCGACGCAAGCCCCAAAAUCUGACGCCUCCGAUGAGCUCCGAUGCGGGCAGCUCCACGUCCGGCCAGAGUCCCACAUCGACGCAUACAGGAAGUCCGCCGCCACAUGGCAAUGGCGGGGGUGUGGGUGGCGGUGGUGGUGGACCCGGAGGUGUUGGUGGCGGCAGUCUGAAGCGCACAAGCCUGGAGUACGACGAGACGAUGUUCAGCACUGUGCAGCCGAAGAAGCAGCGCAUCAGUCACUACAAGAAGGACACUCCGCCCUCGGCCACAUCGUACCCGUCCUCCACCUCAGUAUCCGUGUCUGCCUCCUCCUCCUCAUCGAACCGCAACCGAUACACGCCUCCGCAGCGACAAGGGGGUCCGCUGGACGAUCACACCAGCAGUGAUCUCAGCUACAAUGUCCUCGACAACAUGGAGGAGUUCAUGAGCACAACGGCGGCGGCGGUGGCGGCAACGGCAGCGACUCAGCAGCAUCAGCAGCAAAGAAGGAGCAAUAGCAGUAGCAGUAGUAGGCGUGGCAGCUCCUCCCAAAACGGUGGCAGCGGCAGCAAGGACAAGCGCAACUCAACGGGCAGCAAUUCGAGCAGUUCCAGCGGCUAUGAGACACAGCUGGAGCGUAAUCGGUCAGCGACGACGACGACGACGAGCGCGAGCAUGCCAGCGAGUCGCAACAGUAAAUCCUCGACAACGCCGCCCAAGCUGGCGAACAGCUUUGUGCCAGCAGCCACCGGAGGAGGAAAAGGAUCGGGAUCUGGAUCUGGAUCAGGUGGUGGAGGCAAGCAACGUUCUUCGACGGCGCCCAAUCUGCCACUGCAGCAGCAUCAGCAACAGCAGAGCGACUACAACUCGUACAACAACAACACCCAUGCGGCCUCCAACAGCAAGAAGCGUACGAGUAGUGCAGGUGCAGGUGUAGGCGCAUCAUCAUCAUCAUCCAACGACAGAGGCCAGCGUCAAAGGAGCUCAAACUCCAGCUCAAGCUCUGGGUCCUAUCAACAGGUUCCACCUCCCUCCUCCGCCACCGUUAUCCGUUCCGCAUCGGCGUCGUCCGUCCAACAGCAGCAGCAGCAGCAGCAGCAGCAUAGCCAUCAGCAGCAGCAGCAACAGCAGCAUCAGCAUGGAGCUCCAGCCACCAGUGCCCAGCAUCCAUCGCCCACACAGCAGCUGGCGGCGGCCACCCAUGCGUAUGCGAACGCAGAUGCCGAUUCGUCCUCGAGUCCACGCUACGACUUCAGCCAAUACGUUCCCAUACAUUCACUGGAAGUGCGUAGACGCUACAAGACUGAAUUUGAGAGCGACUACGAUGAGUAUCGCAAGCUGCUGACCCGUGUCGAGGGCGUGCGCAACCGCUUCCAGACCCUAUCCGAGCGCAUGGACAGCGCCCGGCGUAGCGACAACGGAUACGGGGACUACGAUCAGAUCAAGCGCCAGAUUGUCAGCGAGUACGAGCGCAUCAAUAACGAUCGCACCAUACGCGAGGACAAGCAGCGGUUCGACUACUUGCAAGCCAAGCUGGCCCACAUUAAGCAGCUGGUUACGGACUAUGACCAGACAUUGAUCACAUUGGCGGCUACUCCUCCAGCUGCAACGCCUGCGCCAACGCCUGCGCCUGCGCCGGCAACGGCUCCUGUCGAAGCAGCACAAAUGGCGGCGAGACACGCGGAACAGCAGCGGAGACAGCAGCAGCAGCAGCACCAUGCGGUGGAGACGAUAGAACAGCAUUAUCCUCAUCAUCAGCAUCAGCAGCAGCAGCAACAGCAACAGUCGCAGGAGCAUCAAAGCGAUUCGGAUGACAGUUCCGAAAGUUCGGAUUCCAACGAUGAUGAUGAUGAGGACUGCGAAGAUUCCAACUCCAAUACCGACGACGAUCAGACCCGCGACCGCUACUGAUACACACACAACUACUUCGAUGAUCCGCUUAAUCCUCCCUAACCCUAACCCCCAUCCCCUCUAACCCUUAACCCCAUGUAAAAAGGCAAAACAAACAAACAAACAAA